ACGUCAAUACUGAAAUCUGUUACGCUAACCUGUCAAUAAAGCCACAAAAGUAUCAAAUAUGAAUAACAGAGUUUUUCAGCUAUGUUUUGUUUGAUAGUGAAAAACUGGUUUCCUCUAUAUUGACACUUUUUGUCGUAUUUUGAACAAACAUUAGAAUAUUUGAACCUUUUGAGGAACUUUUUACUUUCACUUUCACCGUCUGCUGAUGGCGCAGCAGAGAAACAGCUGUUGACUUGUUGCACUGUUGGACUCCCGCUGAGCUUCUACUGAUGUUUCCAGUGCAGUGACAGUAUGGCAGCUGCUGCAGCAUGUGGAGACAAAGGGAGGCCUCUGAGCCACAGCAGCAGCUAUCAGUUUCUUCCACCUACCAUGUCUGAGCUGAGGGUUGUUCUUCUGGGGAACAGCUGGUCUCAGAGGGGUUCAGUGGUGAACUUCAUACUGGGACAGACUGUGUUCAACACUAAGAAAGAACUAGACUACUUUCACAAAAUCAGUGGACUAUUGGAGAAGAAAAAAAUAGUUCUCAUCAACACCCCAGAUCUGCUGCAUCCAGACAUCUCUGAAGACAAACUGACAGAACAUGUGAAAACCUGUGAGAGACUCUCUGAUCCUGGACCUCAUGUGUUCCUGCUGGUUCUACAGCCUGAAGACUUCACUGAGGAACACAAACUGAAGCUCUGCAGAGUCCUUCAACUCUUCAGUGAUCAAUCAUUUGAUCAUUCACUGAUUCUGAUAUCAACACCCAGAGAGGAGAGUCCAGGAUUCAUAGAGAGUUAUAUGGAACAUCCACCCCUAAAUGACAUGAUCAGAAUGUGUAGAUACAGAUACUUGAAGCAAGGGAACUUUGAACUUCCAGAGUUGUUAACACUCUUAGUUCAAACUGCAAAUGAGAACAAUGGAGAGCACGUCAGCUGUGAUGUGUCUGAAGACGAGGAUGCAGGUUUAUUCAUGACAACAAAGUCUGAAGACAUGAAACCAGCUUUAAACCUGGUUCUGUGUGGGAGGAGAGGAGCAGGGAAGACUUCAGCAGCCAAGGCCAUUUUAGGUCAGACAGAGUUUCCUUCAGUCUCCAACUCAUCAGAGUGUGUUAAACAUCAGGGAGAGGUGUGUGGACGUCGGGUUUCCCUGGUGGAGCUGCCUGCCUUGUAUGGAAAACCUCAGGAGGCAGUGAUGGAGGAAUCACUCAGGUGUAUCUCCCUCUGUGAUCCUGAGGGGGUCCAUGCCUUCAUCCUGGUCCUACCUGUGGGUCCCCUCACUGAUGAAGACAAGGGCGAGUUAAAGACCAUCCAGAACACAUUCAGCUCUCGAGUCGAUGACUUCACCAUGAUUCUGUUCACUGUGGAGUCAGAUCCUACAGCUCCAGAUGUUGAUAACUUUGUACAAGAAAACAAGGACAUCCAGGAGCUCCGUCAAAGCUGUGGAGGAAGAUAUGUUGUUCUGAACAUCAAGGACAAGCAGCAGAUCCCAGAGCUGUUGGACAUGGUGGAAAAAAACAGUCAAACUAAGAAUGAACCAUCCUGCUACACAACAGAAACAUUUACACAUGCACAGAUGGAUAAAGUCAUAAAACAAGAGAAACAUAUCAACAUGCAACAAGCUGAACUAGAGAGGCUGAUGAAGAAAAACAAGAUCUCUUGUGAUGAUGAACAGAGAUCAGAGUGUCUCAGGAUUGUGUUGCUCGGGAAGACUGGCUGUGGAAAGAGCUCCUCAGGAAACACCAUUCUAGGAAGAAAAGUGUUUAAAGCUAAACCAAGCCAAACAUCAGUCACCAAAUGGGCCCACAACUCCGCACUCACCUGUCACCCUGGGAUCCAGCAGACCAAAGAGGUGGUGCAGCAAAGAUUUUGGUGGGCGACUCUGGCUGAAGACACCUGGGAGUUUGUGAACGCCUGCCCUGUCUGUAACCAGCACAAACCCUCACACCAAGCCCCUGCUGGAUUCCUGCAUCCGCUGCCAGUACCCCACCACCCCUGGUCCCACAUCUCCCUAGACUUUAUCACUGGUCUGCCACCGUCCAAUGGCCACACCACUAUUCUGACAGUGGUAGAUCGGUUCAGCAAGAUGGCACAUUUUGUGCCCCUGCCCAAGCUUCCCCCGGCCAAGGAGAUGGCUGAACAGGUUCUGCUACACGUGUUUCGACUACAUGGUUUCCCUACUAAUGUGGUCUUCGACUGGGGGUCCCAAUUCACCUCCAUCUUCUGGAGGGAGUUCUGCACAUUGGUGGGGGCCACCGUCAGUUUGUCAUCCGGGUUCCACCCCCAGUCCAACGGCCAGUCUGAGAGGAUGAAUCAGGAGAUGGAGACUGCUUUACGCUGCAUGGUCUCUCAGCACCCCUCAUCAUGGUCCCGGCAGCUUCUGUGGGUGGAAUACGCCCAUAACACCCUGACGAGCUCUGCUACUGGACUCUCUCCAUUUCAGUGUGCCUAUGGGUUCCAACCCCCACUCUUUCCUGGCAUGGAGAAAGAGGUUUCCUGCUCGUCGGUGCAAGCCUUCAUCCACCGCUGCCGCAGGACCUGGACUCAGGCCAGAGCCUCCCUUCUUCCCUUCACUGACCGCUAUUCCAGUACGGCCAAUCAUUGUCGAUCUAAGGCACCGACCUAUCAAGUUAGCCAGAAGGUGUGGUUGUCAACCCGGGACCUACCCUUACGGGUAGAAUCAAAGAAGUUGGCUCCCAGAUUUAUCGGGCCAUUUGAGGUUCAGAAGGUCAUCAACCCUGCGGCAGUUCGGCUCAAGUUACCCAGGUCCAUGCGGGUCCACCCCACUUUCCAUGUCUCCAAGGUCAAACCCGUCCGUGAAAGCCCCCUGGUCUCGCUGCUCCGCCCCGCUGCCACCCCGCAUCAUCGAAAGGGGUCCCGCCUAUACCAUCCAUCAACUCCUUCGUUCCCGUCGCCGGGGAAGGGGGAGUUCCAUCGACGCCACCCUGACCAACCAACUAGGCCCUCCACGUUCUCUAGGAGCAUGACCAGUGAGGGUCCGCCUCCCUGUUCACCCGAGGCCUCUGACCACACCACUGAGUAUGAGGAAACGCCUUCGGAGGAGGAGGAGACACCUUCUGAAGCGGAGGAGGAGGACAUGGUGGUUUCAGAUGCAUAUUAG